UGUGUAUAAAUUGAUGAUGAUUGAGAGUAAAUUAGUUUGUCUGAUUGUACAAUUAAGUGAAUUGCGAUGAUUUUGUUAAAGUUGAUUAGUUUGUUUAUUGUUUUCUCUGUUUCUUUGGCAAGUGAAUGUAAGAAACGGACAUUUACUGGAGAUUCGUUUGUUUGUGUUUGUGAUGAAAAUUAUUGUGACACUUUGGACAUUGAAAAGACAAUCGAACCUGGUACAAUAAUCAUCUACGAAUCGGAUCAGAAAACAUCUCGAUUAGAAAAGACAAUUGUUACUGUUGAUCAAGUAAAAUCAAAGAUUUACAAUGACAAUCAAUUUGUGAUGAAUGUUAAUGUCUCGGAUAAAAAGCAACAGAUUCUGGGCUUUGGUGGCACUUUAACCGAUGGAGCUGCGAUUAAUAUCUUAACAUUAUUGAAAGGUGAGCUGAUUAAUCGGGUAAUGAACGAUUACUUUGGCCCUCAUGGACUCGAGUAUAAUGUCGCUCGAAUUUCAGUUGGUGGAUCUGACUCUUCAGUUCGAGCAUAUUCUUUGGAUGAUACCGAACUCGAUUUCGAUCUGUCCCAUUUUGCUCUCGCAGAAGAAGAUAUUAAAUAUAAGAUUCCCUUGUUGAAAUUAGCUAAGGAAUUAAAUCCUGAGUUUCGAGCAUUCGGUUCCGCUUGGUCAUCGCCAGCGUGGAUGAAAACAAAUCAUGCAAUCAAUGGAAAUGGUGGUUUGAUCUGGGGUCCGGGAGAUGUUUAUUAUAAACUGUGGGCCGAUUAUUAUGUGAAAUACUUGAACGCUUACUUGGAAAAUGGUGUUAAACUGUGGGGACUGACCACUGAAAAUGAGCCCGCUGAAGGAAUCGGAGGAAGCAUUUUCAAUGCUCUUGCAAUGACUCCCGCUCAGAUCAGAGAUUGGGUUAAGCUUGACCUCGGUCCAGCUCUUAGAGCUGCGGGUUGGGGAAAGGAAAACCUCACACUUAUGAUUAAUGACGAUAAUACAAAUGACAUUCCGACUUAUGUAAACACUUUGCUCGACGAUCCUGAAGCGGCUUCUUAUGUAUCAGGAAUCGCUUAUCAUUGGUAUUCUCGUAAUUAUCCAUCUUCUUAUCAGAUUCUGGCUCAAGCUCAUGAAAAGUAUCCGGAUUAUUUCCUAUUUUCAUCUGAAGGUGGAUGGACUGGAGUUGCUUCGGACUACCUUGGAUCUUGGACAAGAGCUGAAGCUUAUGCUCUGGACAUUCUCGAGGGACUUCAACAUUAUUCAUCUGGUUGGACUGAUUGGACAAUCGCUGUUGACACUUCAGGUGGACCAAAUUGGGCCAAGAAUUGGGUUGACUCAACAGUCGUGAUUAACUCAACCUCACAAGAAUAUUACAAGAACCCAAUGUAUUAUGCAUUAGCUCAUUUCUCUAAAUUUUUACCAAUCGGAUCAACUCGAGUCUCUUGUAGUGUCGUUAAUGCCCCGAACAAUGUUCAUACCACUUCCUUCAUUACGCCGGAUAACAAGUUGGUCUUAAUUUUAUUAAACAUGAACGAUGAUCAUGUCGACAUGACAAUCAAUGGAUUCGCAAGCAAAACAAUCACAACAACAUUGAAACCAAGAUCAAUUCGUAAUAUGGUCAUCGCUUUAUAAUUAAAAUUGUAUUCAUUUUAUCAUAUGAUUAAUAGAAAUGCAAUAAAAUUGAUCAUUUAUGUAUUAGUUUGAAUAAUUAUCAA